UAGAGAUAAUCUCCAUUAAUAAACAUAAGUUUGUAAAUUAUAAAGAAGCAUAUCAAACUAACGGCCCAAGGAGAUUUAUUAGUGCAUUGAAAUUACGUCAUAUUUUUUUAGAGUGAAAAUGAAUUUCAAAUUUUAGUUAUAACCUGUUAGAACCUUUUGUAUCUUUACCUACUUUUAAAAUUCUAAAGUUUAAGUUUAGAGAUUCUCCCUCAAGAAAGCUAGACCGACGACAGACGAAGGAUAAACGGAAAGACGGACAGGUAAAUGGAGACGGGAAACUUUCAUUUUCGUAAUUUUUAGGUUGGAAAUCGUGUGAUAACAUGAAAUUAGACGUAAAUGACUACCUUUAAGUAGCGUUUAGAAUGCCAGAAAAAGGUAAGAGAUGCAAAUUUUGAAAAAAUUCUCACACGUUGAACAGAAUUUUAUUGUUACUUCCUGAGCUUAGGCAAGUAAGUAUUGUAAUAGGGUGUAACGUCCCUCGGGCGAAUGGUUACUUUUAUGUUUUCUCUACGUUUAAUGAUCCCUUGAGUACGAAAAAAAAGAUUUAGAGUUUUCGUUUUUUGUAUGUUUGUCUGCCGUUUGCCAUCUGUCCGUUUUUCUAUGCCGAUUUUUACUAGACAGAUAAUCUUCGAAACUACCGAUUGUCAAAUUUUAGAUGUUAUAAAUACUAACCGAAAUUUGUCUAAUCAUCGGCACCAACAAUUUAAUGACGUCCCUUUUAAAAUUUAUAUAUUACCCAUUAUUUAAAUUUUAUAAUAUAAUAGAUUCCCACACUUGUGGUUUAUGAAUAUGCCUUGAGUUUUCCCCUAGGCAACCAAAUUUUCCCAAAAAAAAGCGAACCUUCUGAGGAUUUGAGAAUUUCGCUGUUCUGAGGAUUUGAGGAUUUUGGUGUUCUGAGGAUUUGAGGAUUUUCCUGUUCUGAGAAUAUGAGGAUCUCGGUGUUCUGAGGAUUUGAGGAUUAUGCAGUUCUGAGGAUUUGAAGAUUACGGAGCACUGAGGAUUUGAGAAUUUUUCUGUUCUGAGGAUUUGAGGAUUAUGGAGUUCUGGGGAUUUGAGGAUUUUGGUGUUCUGAGGAUUUGAGGAUAACCCUGUUCUGAGGAUUUGAAAAUUAUGGUUUUCUGAGGAUUUGAAGAUUAUGGAGUUCUGAGGAUUUUGCUGUCCUAACGAUUUGAGUAUUUUGUUAUUGUGAAGAUUUGUGGAAUAUAGUGUUUUGUGAAAUUCAGGAUUUCGCUGUUAUGACAUUUGAGGAUUUCGGUGUUCCGAGGAUUUGAGGAUUAUGGUGUUCUGAGUAUUUGGGGAUUAUGGUGUUCUGAGCAUUUGAGGAUUUCCCUGUUCUGAUAAUAUGAGAAUUUCGUUGUUGGGAGGAUUUGCGGAGUUUGCUGUUCUUAGGAUUUGAGGGUUUUGGUGCUCUGAGGAUUUGAGGAUUACGGAGUUCUGUGGUUUUGAGAAUUUUGGUGUUCUGAGGAUGUGACGUUUUUUCUGUUCUGAGGAUUCGAAGAUUAUGGUGUUUUGAGGAUUUGAGGAUUUUGGUAUUCUGAGGACAUGAGGGUUUCGCUGUUCUGAGGAUUUGGUGUUGUGAGGAUUUGAGGAUUUUGGUAUUCUGAGGACAUGAGAGUUUCGCUGUUCUGAGGAUUUGAGUAUAUUGGUGUUGUGAGGAUUUGAGUAUUAUAGUGUUCUGAGGAUUUGAGGAUUUCACGGUCCUGAGGAUUUGAGGAUUUUGGUGUUCUGACGACAUGAGAGUUUCGCUGUUCUGAGGAUUUGAGUAUAUUGGUGUUGUGGGGAUUUGAGUAUUAUGGCGUUCUGAGGAUUUGAGGAUUUCACGUUCCUGAGGAUUUGAGGAUUUUGGUGUUCUGAGGAUUUAAGGAUUAUGAAGUCCUGAGGAUUUGUGGAUUAUGGUGUUUUGAGGAUUUGAGGAUUUUGGUGUUCUGAGGAUUUGAGGAUUUCGCUGUUCUGAGGAUUUGAAAAUUAUGGUGCUCUGAGGAUUUGAGGAUUAUGGUGUUCUGAGGAUUUGAGGAUUAUAGUGUUCUGAGGAUUUGAGGAUUUCUCUGUUCUGAGAAUAUAACGAUUUCGGUGUUUGGAGGAUUUAAGAGUUAUGUUAUUUAUUUAUUUUGUAAGUAAGGCUGAAUACUGAGUCUCGCUGACGCAACGGUUAAAGUCUUUAUCACAGAAGUUUAUCAUAAAAAAUUAAAAUUUCGCAAAGUCAAAUUUUAUAAUUUUUCAAGGAAGCCGGAUUCGUUGUACUGUACUUUAGGGAGGCAAGGGUAGUAAUUUUUUGUAAGUUGUUCUUGUCAUUUUUAAAGUGUUGGUAACCUUCAAAUUAGAAAAUUAUAUACAAAAUUUUUUAAAAAAUCUGAAAUAGUUAACUGAUUCUGUUAAAGUUUAUUUUUGUCGGCAUCAGUUUUAUUUUUAUCUACUCGGAAACUCGGAAUGUGUAAAUUAUUUUUUACAUGUAGACCUAUAGUAGUCUAGUAGCCUAGUAUAAAACAUCUUUUUGUUAGCAGUGCUAAAUUUUUUAUCGAAUUUGUACUAUACAGCUGUCUCAAAUAAAACUCCUCGGGCUUAUAGCUUGAAAACGGACACAAAUUUUGAAACGCUAUUGCUUAAUUUUAGUUUGAAAUAAAUCUAAGGGCGUUACAUAAUACUUUAAAUUUUUACAGUUGAUACUAAUACGAAUAUAUGUGUUUUAUAUCACUGUAAUCGUAAUUUAAUGAUUCUAUUCGUUAAAAAUAUAGUUUGCAAUUUACCAAAUUCCGCUUUCCCCUCAAGCUGAAAACAAUGGAGUUUACAGAAUGUCAGUAUUCCUUUACAGGACAGAAGGUCGCGGAGUUUUAUUGGAAUCAUCCUGUAUAUUAAAAAUGCAUGAAAAAAUAAGAGUUUAGUAUUUUUGAUAAAGAAUUUAUCAAAAUUCUUUUAAACAACGUCAACACAUUGAAAUAAUCCAUGGAAAUAUUUUCAACUUUCUGUGCACUAGGUACUUAUUAACGAAGAAACCUAUUUUCCGAAACAGAUUUUUAUCGUCAAAAGUACACGAACACAUCAAGAAAUGAGCGCAUCAAUGCGUCAUUUUCAAGUUUUUAAACAAAAACUAUUGUUAUUUCAAAAUAUAAUGAGCAUCUGUAUUUUUUCCCAAGGACGCAACCGCUAAAGAAUAAGUGUGGAACUUAAACAGUGGCAAGUCAAUAACACAAAAUCCUGUAAAUCCAGUCUUCACAAAUCGCCAACUCCACAUAUUGUUACUGUUUUUAGAUUUUUAAACUUGUCUAGUGGUUAUCUGACCUUACUGUGAACAACGAUGGUCGCCUUCAGAUCAAUGAUAUUAUCACUUAUGAUCACAAGUAUUGUAACACUUAACGAAGGCGAAGAUUGUGUUAUGGAGAAUAAUAGCCAAACAGGGAAAUGUGUUGAUGUUUACCAAUGCGACGUAGCUAGAAAACUAUUACAGACAAAUCAAAGACCUCAGCAUUGUGGUUUUAACAGACAGACAGAACUAGUGUGUUGUCCUGUUCGUAAAAAACCGUUGGAAAGAAUUUCCGGAACUGUGAGUGAUGCAAUGUGCAAAAAAUAUCAUAAUGUGAUGGACGCACCAAUCCCACCACUAGGUGUAUCCAAUGGUGAAUUAGCUGAACCUCUGGAGUUGCCUCACAUGGCAGCUGUGGGUUAUUAUGACGGCCAAAGAACAGUGUGGCUUUGUGGAGGAACUAUAAUUAGUGAAGAGUUUAUACUCACAGCAUCACACUGUGCCCGCCACCAAGACUAUGGACCUCCACAAGUAAUUCGUGUAGGAGACCUAGAUUUGAGUACAAGCAGCGACAUUGCAAAUCCACAGGAUUUACCUAUAGAAGAAUUUUACACCCACCCUACUUACAAAGCGCCAUCUGUUUACCACGACAUUGCUCUAAUUAAAGUAAAAAGACCAAUAGUUUUUGAUUUUUUUACGCAACCUGCAUGUUUACAUCUUAACAGAAAUAUACCUACCACUGUUUUACAAGUGGCGGGUUGGGGCAAAACUGACUUUUAUGGAGACAGCAGCAGCCAUUUAAUGAAAGCGAAUAUAACCCUUGUGAGCUCUAAAGAGUGCUCUGAAAGGUUUCCAGUUCAUCGGUUGAGAAUGAAGAGUGGAAUUAUAGACGAAAUGCACAUUUGUGCUGGGGAUGCUUCAGGAAGAGACACAUGUCCAGGGGAUUCUGGAGGACCUUUGUAUUUUCAGCGUGAAUGUGGUUCCUCCUGUGACAUUCUGCCACAUUUUGUUGUAGUAGGUGUAACAUCUUUUGGUAAAGGAUGCGGAUCUGAACACAGUAUAGGUGUUUAUACAAGAGUGUCGUCAUACGUUCCAUGGAUUGAGAAAAUUGUGUGGGGAUAGAACUCAUUUUCUGAAAAAACAGAAUCAUGAAGAGAAUGCAAUUUAUUUAUUGAUAUUUUAAAUAUAUCGUAUUUUGAUGAGA